AUGGCCGAGUACGAGAAGCCGGUCGAGGUGUCAGAAGCAGCAGAGGAUGGCGAGGCUGCAGAGCUCAAGAGCCGGGGCAAUGCGGCCUAUGCGCAAGGUUAUAUCGAGGAGGCAGUGCGACUCUGGAAUAGGGCCAUACGACGCCACGUCCAGGAGCUCUCGGACGGCAAGUCCUGCGAUGAGGAGGCGAUGGUGCUGGAGCGGUCCAUCUACCUGAACCUCGCGCAAGGCUACCUCAAGCUUGGAGAUGCAGAGCGCGCUCUGCGGGCAUGUAAGGUGGUGCUCUUCGGGGAGGCCAAGAACCCCAAGGCGCGGUACCGCGCGGCGGAGGCCUGCGCACAGCUUGGCCGCUUCGAUGAGGCUGAACAGCUUCUGGGAGCGCUGGAUCCUUCAGAGGCAUCCAGGCUGCUUCAGCGUGUCAAAGCUGAGCAGCGGAGACAGGCGGUCGAGAGUCGCAAGCAGGAGGCUGCCGCCAGCAAGAAGCUGGCCGAGCGCAUGAGCGUCGGGCUGUCAGGCUUCUCAGAGGAGAAGCCGGAGCCUGUGCCGGAGGAACAGCGGCCCAGAGCCCCCAUGGCAGAUCUUGACACGGUCUCCAACAUGACGGAUGUGUCCUCGCAGGCAGCGCAGGCAGCGAAGGCUCGCUUGGCGCGCAUGGAGGCGGCUUCUUCAGGGGAGCCGCCUUUGCCCGAGCCGACCUACACAGACUUUGAGUCGUUCCGAGCCAAGGCGAUGAAACGAUCGCAGCGGUACACGGCGGCCACGGAGCGGAGCCGCAGGCAGACGGAGGCGGCGAAACGCUCAGUGCGCCUGGACUGGCUGCGCCAGAACUGGUCCGGGGAGCUGGAGGACUUCACCGGGCCCUUGCGGCAGGAACUGCAGGGGAUCCAGGCAGAAGAGCUGGCCCAGCACAGCCCAACGGAAGACGCUGCCUUGGAUGCCAUGGAUUGA